AUGUCCGUAAUCGCGCAGUUUGGCGAGCCACUAAAGGUGGCGGAAAGCCCCGGCGCCGCCACGGGCGGCCCCGUCACCGCCACCAGCGGCCCCGCCGCCGCCACCUGCGGCCACGCAGACGCCGCCUACGGCCCUGAACCGCCCACCUGCCGAACAGCCGAGCAGCCCAGGAACCGAGCCGCCCGGCAACCGGACCGCCCAGCAGCCGAGCCGCCCAGCAGCCGAGCCGCCCAGCCGCCGAGUUGCCGAGUCGCCCAGGAGCCGUGCUGCCCAGCAGCCGAGCCGCCCUGCCGCCGAGCCGCCCAGCAGCCGAGCCGCCUAGCAGCCGAGCCGCCCUGCCGCCGAGCUGCCGAGCCACCGAGCCGCCCUACUGAGGAGCCGCUGCUGUUCCUACCGGUGCGCCCCGGCCCUCCUUCCCUGGACUGGGCAGACGGCCUCUCCCUCUUUGACCUCACUUUUGGUGCCUCUCCUGCCCCUGCUGCUGAUGCUGACGCCACUGUUCGCUCACAGUGGGCCACACGCGAUGCUGCUGCUCGUCUUGGUGUGCGUCGCCACUUAUCGACCACUGAGCGUGCACACUUAAGCCAGUACAAGAGUGCUCAGACCUUGUACGACGCUGUAGUUGCACGCUACUCCUCCCCUGCCACUGCUGCACUGAGCCGCCUCAUGCUACCGUACCUCUUCCUUGACCUUGCUGCCUUUCCCACAGUCGCUGACCUCAUUACGCACCUCCGCAAUAGUGACACUCGCUACCGCGCUGCGCUUCCUGCUGACUUCUGCGCCAAGAACCCACCCCCCAUGUACAUCACCCUCUACUACAUAGUCACCUGGCUCCCUGACUCCCUUCGCGUAGUCAAAGACCACUUCCUCUCAGUUUGCCCCACCACUCUCACCGUUGACCUCCUCGAGAAGGCCCUCCUAGCGGCACAGAAGAGCAUAGUAGCUGUAGGAGCCUCUCGUGGUGACCCUCACACCCCCAUCUUUGAGGGGUGUUCCCCCUCCCCCCUUUUGCCCUCUGUUGCCUCUGCUGCUGCGGCCGACCUCGUUGGGGCGCUGGAGGAGCUAGCGGGGGCGGUGGAGGCGGCAGUGGAGGCGGCGGAGGGGGUGGGGGUGGCGGUCGGGGUGGCUGCGGGAGUGGAGGUGGAGGUGGCGGCAGUGAAGGCGGAGGAGGAGGCGGCGGUGGCGGCGGGAGCGGAGGUAGCGGAGGUGGCGGCGGUGGAGGAGGCGGUGGCGGAGGAGGUGGAGCUGGUCGGGGUGGCGCUGCGCAGAGGGUCGGCUCCGGUAGUGCGGGGUGGGGGGGCUGGUCCGUGCACCUACGUCCUACGCACCAGCGACCGCGCGGGUGAGCAGUGCGGGGGUGCGCACUCCACCCAGCGCUGCUUUGGCCGCCUGACGGACGCUUGGCGUCACCAGUUCCCGGAGGCCACUGAGAUCCCCUGCUGGGGUGAGCUGUCUAGGGCGGGAGUAGCUGUCUUUGACCUUGACUUUGAUGCUAUUCUUGCUGCCAUGUAUGCUGUGACUAGUAGUGAUGAGGGUGACUGUUACCGGUGUUUUCUGCCCGACCCGGGCAUUGAGACUGCUGCUCUAGGUGCUGGUGAGGCUGCUGCUCUAGGUGCUAGCGAGGGUGCUGCUCUAGGUGCUAGUGCGUCUGCGUCCUUAGGUGCUGGUGAGUCUGCUCUCUCAGGUAGUGCGUCGGCUUCGGCCUCCCUCACCUUCACCCUUGACUCGGGGGCUUCUCGCUCCUUCUUUCGAGACCGCACCACUCUCACGCCGCUUGGUCGGUCUGUUGUAGUCUCUCUGGCAGACCCCUCUGGGGGUCCUGUCCUCGCGGUUGUGCACGCGCGCCUUGUAGUGCGAACAUAA